UUCGUGCUUUAUCGUCCAGCUCCGGAGCUAGUUGUUGCUUGUCUGAGCGGUGAUUGACUAUAAUGGCGACGCGAUUAUUCUGAGAGUAGUCUAUGGCACCGUCUCUAAGUGAUAAAGGAUACAUGUCGGAGGGUUUUUUCUGCAUCGCAGACUAUAAUAAUAAGGACAAGCAACAUCGAAAAGGAGCACAUUCACUCCAGCCACAGGGAGCCAGGAGAGCUUUAUCCUGCUAGCUGCGAUAGCUAGCAACUCCGCUCACUAGCCUGCUAAGUUGAAGAGGUGGGAUUCAAGUGUGUGGACUGGAGGAGAGGGACUGGCAGUUUGCUGAGUACUGAGAUCUAUCUGCUCUAGCUGUUGGCUACUUUGGGGUAUUAACUUCCUCACUGCCAGAGGCAACACUUGGACGCCACUGGCUCGAGGUUGAUGCUAGCUUGUUGUAAUAGUUUUUGGGAGAGGAUCCAGAAUCCUUCUUGGGCAGCUAACUACAGCUACACACAGCUAACAGGCUAGCUUUGUGGAUUGUUCCAGUCGCCUUCCUGUUAGGACUUGCUCUCGCUUGCGUUUGGAAACUCUCUACCAGUGCACACAUAGUUGGCUAGCAAAGAGUGCUAGCUUGGUAACUUUUAAGGAUUGUUGUACCUUUGCGACAUCUUUUCUUAAAUGACCACCGGCAGGAAUAACCGAGCCAUGAUGGAAGGAGUUGGAGCAAGAGUGGUUCGCGGACCUGACUGGAAGUGGGGGAAGCAGGAUGGAGGAGAGGGUCAUGUCGGCACCGUUAGGAGUUUUGAAAGUCCAGAGGAGGUGGUGGUUGUCUGGGAUAACGGGACGGCUGCCAACUACCGUUGUUCUGGAGCUUAUGACGUGAGGAUAUUAGACAGUGCUCCAACAGGCAUCAAGCAUGAUGGAACCAUGUGUGACACCUGCCGUCAACAGCCCAUCAUUGGUAUUCGCUGGAAAUGUGCAGAGUGCACCAAUUACGACCUCUGCACAACCUGUUACCAUGGAGACAAACAUCACCUGAGACACCGGUUCUACAGGAUCACCACCCCAGGCAGCGAGAGAGUACUUUUGGAGUCACGUCGCAAGUCAAAGAAAAUCACAGCCAGAGGAAUCUUUGCUGGUGGUCGGGUUGUGAGAGGAGUCGACUGGCAGUGGGAAGACCAGGAUGGAGGGAAUGGGAGGAGAGGAAAGGUAACAGAGAUCCAGGACUGGAGUGCGGCCAGCCCUCACAGCGCUGCCUACGUACUGUGGGACAACGGGGCCAAGAACCUGUACAGAGUUGGCUUUGAGGGAAUGUCGGACCUCAAAUGUGUCCAGGAUGCCAAAGGAGGGACAUUUUACAGAGACCACUGUCCGGUUUUAGGUGAACAGAAUGGCAACAGAAAUCCUGGUGGCCUUCAGAUUGGGGACCUGGUAAACAUUGAUCUGGAUCUCGAGAUUGUACAGUCCCUCCAGCAUGGACACGGAGGGUGGACUGACGGCAUGUUUGAGACGCUCACCACCACCGGCACAGUGUGCGGCAUCGAUGAGGAUCACGACAUUGUGGUUCAGUACCCCAGCGGGAACAGAUGGACGUUCAACCCAGCAGUGCUGACAAAGGCUAACGUAGUGCGCAGUGGCGAAGUCGCAGCUGGUGCAGAGGGAGGCACUUCCCAGUUCCAUGUGGGAGACCUGGUCCAGAUCUGCUACGACAUUGACCGCAUCAAGUUACUACAAAGAGGCCAUGGAGAAUGGGCUGAGGCGAUGCUGCCUACCCUGGGCAAGGUAGGCCGUGUGCAGCAGAUCUACUCUGACAGUGACCUUAAGGUCGAGGUUUGUGGGACAUCUUGGACGUACAACCCUGCUGCCGUCACCAAGAUCGCCCCUUCCGGCUCCGCUGUCAGCAACGCCUCUGGAGAACGCCUGUCUCAGUUAUUGAAGAAACUAUUUGAGACACAAGAGUCUGGGGACAUCAAUGAGGAGCUGGUCAAGGCAGCAGCCAAUGGAGACUUGGCCAAAGUGGAGGACAUUCUUAAGAGACCUGAUGUGGAUGUGAACGGGCAGUGUGCUGGACACACCGCUAUGCAGGCAGCCAGUCAGAACGGUCACGUGGAUGUCCUAAAGCUGCUUCUUAAACACAAUGUGGACCUGGAGGCUGAGGAUAAAGAUGGAGACCGAGCAGUGCACCACGCAGCUUUUGGUGAUGAAGGCUCUGUCAUUGAAGUGCUGCACAGGGGCGGUGCAGACCUGAAUGCCAGGAACAAACGAAGGCAGACUCCAUUACACAUAGCUGUCAACAAGGGCCAUCUACAGGUGGUUAAAACCCUUUUGGACUUCGGCUGCCACCCUAGCCUUCAGGAUUCAGAGGGUGACACACCUCUUCACGAUGCCAUUAGUAAGAAGAGAGAUGAUAUGCUGUCAGUGCUGCUGGAGGCGGGUGCUGACGUCACCAUCACCAACAACAACGGGUUCAAUGCUUUGCAUCACGCCGCCCUGAGAGGAAACCCCAGUGCCAUGCGUGUGCUGUUAUCCAAACUGCCGAGGCCUUGGAUCGUAGACGAGAAGAAGGACGACGGUUAUACUGCACUGCACCUGGCCGCCCUCAACAACCACGUGGAGGUGGCUGAGCUUUUGGUGCACCAGGGCAACGCCAGCUUAGACAUUCAGAAUGUCAACCAGCAGACUGCAUUACACUUGGCAGUGGAGCGCCAGCACACCCAGAUAGUUCGGUUGCUGGUGCGGGCAGAGGCCAAGCUCGACGUGCAGGACAAGGAUGGGGACACGCCGCUUCACGAGGCACUGCGUCACCACACGCUGUCCCAAUUGCGGCAGCUCCAAGAUAUGCAAGAUGUCAGCAAAGUGGAGCCCUGGGAACCUUCCAAGAACACGUUAAUCAUGGGCUUGGGCACCCAGGGGGCAGAGAAGAAGAGCGCAGCAUCCAUCGCCUGCUUCCUGGCAGCUAAUGGAGCAGACUUGACCAUUCGUAACAAAAAGGGCCAGUCCCCUCUAGACCUGUGUCCGGACCCCAGCCUCUGCAAGGCUUUGGCCAAAUGCCACAAAGAAAAGAGCAGCGGCCAGGUGGGCACCCGCAGCCCGUCUCUGAACAGCAACAUCGAGUCACUGGAGGAGUGUAUGGUGUGUUCGGACAUGAAGAGAGACACUCUUUUUGGGCCCUGCGGACACAUCGCCACCUGCUCCCUCUGCUCGCCUCGUGUCAAGAAGUGUCUCAUCUGCAAAGAACAAGUGCAGUCGAGAACUAAGAUCGAGGAGUGUGUAGUCUGCUCCGAUAAAAAGGCAGCGGUGUUAUUCCAGCCCUGUGGCCACAUGUGCGCUUGUGAGAACUGUGCCAGCCUCAUGAAGAAGUGCGUACAGUGCCGGGCUGUGGUGGAACGCCGCACCCCCUUCGUACUUUGCUGUGGAGGGAAAGGUAUGGAGGAUGAUGCCGCUGAUGAUGAUGAUGAUGAUGAUGAUGAUGAUGAUGACCUUACAGGGAGCUCUAACAGUAUGGCAGGGGGAUCCCAGGAUCUUCUCCAGCCCAACAAUCUGGCACUAAGUUGGUCCAGCGGAAACAUCCCAGCCCUGCAGAAAGACAAGGCGAACACCAACGUCAACGCUGACGUGCAGAAGCUACAACAACAGCUCCAAGACAUCAAGGAACAGACCAUGUGUCCGGUGUGCCUGGACCGGCUGAAGAACAUGAUCUUCAUGUGCGGCCACGGAACCUGCCAGCUGUGCGGGGAUCGAAUGAGCGAGUGUCCCAUCUGCCGCAAGGCCAUCGAACGCCGCAUACUCCUCUACUAGACCCGCCGACGAACUCUCUUUGCUUCUCUUAAAGCCCACGCUGAACACGCUCGCCACGCGGCAACCACACCUGCUGCUGCUGCUGCCUCCAUCCUCACAGCCACCCGCGUCAGCCAGGCACAUCUAAUUCUGUCCCACAAACGCUUUCUCAGUGGGUCGAUUGCGUUCAGGUGGAAUUCCUGUUACAAAACAAGGAAAAUCGAUGAAUUGACUGAAGUUAAUUGUGCUGUCCUGUCGCCGUCAGUGCAGCCAGAAAGAAAGACGCCUGUUUCAGAGACUUCAUCCUUUUCCCUCCCACCCCCCAUCUCCCUUUUUUGUGUUGUUUCCAUUUAUUCUCUCAACAUUUCAAACAGUUGUCCCGUCUCGAGUCUGAAGUUCAGAAUCAGAGUUUUGGAUGUGAUCACUUUGGGGGGUAUCAGCUGAGUGAGAAGCGUGGAGGCGACGAAGGCGGCCUGUUACCGUUUGAUAUAAAGUUCUCAUUCAUCUGUUUGCAGUCCAGUGCCCACUGCAGGCAGAUUUUAUUGUAUUUGUAAACCUUUUUUCAAGUGUAUUUGUAUUGGAAGCUCCUUCGUUUAUCACGACAGUAUGGCAGUAUGGUUGCAGCUUUGGCUAUUGCAACGCUCUGCUCACCGACUGUCCCUGCUCUUAAAAACCAAAUGUUGGCAGUUUUUGCACUACAAAAAGCAGGGUUUAAAUACUCCGGCCCCCACCCCACGCUGACUCCAGGGGGAACCCUUGGAGCUCAGUGACAAAACGCAGAUAUAGUAGUGUAACUGCCAGGUAGCGUGCUACACCCCGUACUUUGUUUACUGAGCUGAGUAACGACAGCAGUGUUGCAGCACCCUAUCGGCUGCAGAUUUAAGAACUGCCGUGUAGGGAUUCAAGACAAACACAACUCUUUUGACUUCUGUCCACUGACACCCCCCCACCUCUCUUGUUGUAAUUGUUUGUUCCACACACAAACUCACAUGAGGCAAACAUUUCUGUAACAGGAGAAUCUUGUCGCAAGUUAGUGUUAAAGUGUUUUGAGACUUGUUGGUAUUGUCUAACAAACAAAAAAUAUAUGUAUAUAUAAAUAUAUACAGUUUACUGAAUUGCUAAUUUAUCGGUGAUGACAUCGUGCCAUUUGCUUCCAAAAAACAAAACUUGUGAACGAACGUUGGGGGGGUAAGGUGCUCUUUGUGUUACUAUUUUUUUAAUUUAAGCGUAUUUCCUUUUCUCAAAGUCUACCUAGUACAAUCUAUUACAACACUAAGAUGAAAAUAUAGAGUAAAUUAUUUUGCAUCGCUGCCCAAACAAUAGGACUUGUAGGUGUCACUGCCUUCCUACGAUGUAGCCUCAAAGUCUCUCAAACAUUCUGCUCCAAUCUUUGUGUUUUCCCCCAUUUUUUUGACAGUAGCUUUCUAGAAAUCAUCAGUAGAAGCUUUUUAUUUUUUUGUGGCAGUUUUAAGGCAAACCUGUUCGUUUGCAAAACAAAACAAAAAAAAACUUUUUUGACAUAAAGUGUCUGUUUUUUGUGUUGUUAUUUGAGAGGAAAGAUAAACUUGCCUUACCUCUUUUAAAAAGCAGUUGCCCGUGCGGCGACUCAGCAAAGCGACUAACUAACUGCUUGGGAAUUUGCAACCACGUGCAAGCUAAAUUUUUUUGCCUUUUAAGCAACUUUAGUACAGUUUUGUUUCUUUCCUGGUCACGACUCUAUAAGCUAGAAGCACUAAUACGCUUUAUGGUAGUAUUUUUUGUUAUGGUUGUGUUUGAACAAAAAGCCCAUUUGUUCUUUAUUUUCAGUACCUGUAACUGUCCUUGUUAGACUUGUAGACGGUAGUAUUUUCUUUGGCAUGAAUGUUUGACAUAUGCAGUACGACCUGUGUCAAUAAAAGAAAACGUUCAGUCUGUAUUGCGAAUAAGUGCUUUUAAAAAAAAAAAAAACAACAAAAACAACCAUAUAGCUGAAAUAAAGGCCUCCGUGAACCAAGAGA